GUCCCCGCGCAGGUGCUGCUCGGUGGCCCGUAUGAAUUCAGCGCGGACUUGGGGCGGCGCGAGAAUGCGACAUUGAUCGCAGGCGGCCCCGGAGCGACCUUCGCAUUGCCCCGUCUGGGCGCUAUCGCCGCGCGAUGCGCAAAGUUCCGCCAAUCUGGAGGCGAGCAGACGAGGCGCGUCGAGUUCGUUUCGUGCAUUCAGUCUUGCAGCUGCAUCAACUGGCGCGCGCAGAUGCUCGCCGAGCUCGGGCAAACUGCUGCUGGACCUCCGCAUCUCCAUCUU